CCGAAAGUAACAUAACGGACUCGUUUCCUCGCCUUCUGCCAUGAUGGACGCGCCCGUCGUUGUCAUCGUUGUUUUUCUGCUCCAGGUCUCCAUUUCAGAGUCUCUUGUCACAGUUCAGACCGCACAGCCUUACCCAGUGGUUCACAUUGGGUCAGAGGUCCUGCUGCAGUGUUCCUUCACGGUGACGUCAGGUGCCAUUGAUGUUAAACAGCUGACAGUCACCUGGAUACAAUAUGCACUGAGCGUAGCAAAGUACGACCAGGAGGACCUCAUUGAGAGACCGAGACUGAGCCUGAACACUGAGGGGAUGAAGAGUGGAAACACAUCUCUGCUCAUCAGGUCUGUCAGCUUUGAUGAUGGCGGUCAGUACAGGUGUACAGUGCAACAUAAAGGAGAAGAAGGAGAUGUGGACAUCUAUGUGUCUGUCAGAGCGACUCCUCAGGUGUCCAUAAAGCUGGAAACGAACCUCAGUCUGUCUGAAGGAGUGGUGACCUGUGAAGCUGUGAGUUUCUACCCACAAGCCAUCAGCUUUAACAUCACAAGAAAGGGUGAUUUGUUAAAAACAGAGAGGCUGACAUCGGAUCAAAGUCCAUCCAGGUGGCGUCUACCUGAUGGGUCCUUCAGUGCCAGGAGUGUCUACACCUUUGACGUGAGUGACAUCAGGAACAGCAGAGACACAAUAAGCUGUGAAGUGACACAUGCAUCUGUGGAUCAGCCAAUCACAGUCUCCACCACACCAGGGGUUCCAGUGGUCUCAUUGAUGGGUAUUGCAGUGCUGCUGCAUGCCCAUCAGGUAGUCUGCCGUGCUGAGAACUUCUACCCAUCAGAGGUGGUCUUUACCUGGAGGAGGAGUGAGGAGGUCAUGAAGUCAGAGACCCCACAAGCGUCAUGGUCACCCACUGGCACCUUCACUGCAGAGAGCUCGUUAGAGUUCACUCCACACAGUCGGGAGCCGGUGUCCUGUCAAGUGGAGCACAUGACUGGCGCAUCUGAGAGGAAAUACGUCACAAGCAGCGGGUUGGCAGCAGGAGAGAUUGCUGGGAUAGUCGUACUCGUCCUCCUCAUCCUCCUCCUCAUCCUCCUUUAUAGAUGGUAUUUAUCUUCAGUGAAGUUGACCCCACUUGUCGUUGGCAGCUCAGUUAAAUCUUUACCCAGAUUACUAGAGUGCACCCUCACAGGCUGGGGACUUAAACUGGUCGAUGUGAAGUGGUUUAAAAAUGACCAGUUCGUCUGUGAGUCCAACCUAAAAUGGACGCUGGAGGAGGAAGUCUUGAUGCCCUGUACUAGCUUUGCUGAUUACUCCGCUGAGAGACGUCCACUAAGUAAACUCUGCUGUAAUGGAGAGCAUGUCCUUGAAUUGGAGAUAAAAAAGAAAUCACUGGAUCUCCUGACUGCGGUGUUCAAGUGUCGGGCCACCCACAGACUGACUUGGAGGACAGUGGAGAGGACCUUUUCAGUAGCAGAAUACAUCAAACCCAUUGUGAGUGAGAUAUGCAUAGACACCACUCAUAAAGGAGGUGAUGUGUCACUGAAUGUCACUGUGUCUGACUACCGCCGUCUGGAAUGGACGAUUGUGUGGACUGUGGAUGGAAAAAACAGAAAAGAGGAAAUGAGGAGUGAAAACUUUGAUGAGAAAUUAGAAUUGUACAUAACGGAGAGUGUCUGUCGUGUCACAAAGGAUGAAUACUUGAACAGCAACAUCAGCGCAGAGAUCAGACACGAUGUCCUGAAGAAGCCAAUAAAGAGGACCUUCAAUAAAGCCUCAUUUAAUUGUACAGUCAAGUGCCUAAUGUGCCCAGAUCCUAGCAACAUCAGUUUACUGUUCUGUAAAGUGGAAGGUCUCAUGUUAGAUAAGCCGGAGGUCCAGGUGACCUGGUGGAGGAGCAAUGAAGACGGAAGUAACAAAGUGACCGCAGGUAGUGAUGGCUGGAAAAUCGAAAAGGACAGUGAGAAGUCUUAUUAUGUGAGGACAGCAGAUAACACCUUCACAUAUGUGCAAUGUCGUCGAUUUGAACGUAAAGAUCAGUCAGAAAAGAAGAUGAAGUACAACUGUGAGGUGAAAUACCCUGGACAAGAGAAGCCCUGUGUGUGCCAAGUCAUGCCAACUACAUUGAAAUUCUCUAAACCUGUUAUCAGAGGACCACAGGAAGUCUUGUGGACUGAAGAUCUCUGUGUGCUGCAGUGUGUGAGCUCAGGCAACUAUCCUCUUGAAAACGUUAAGAUGAAGUGGAUAAGGAGGAAAAAGGAGGGAGGAGAUGAAGAGGAGGCAGAAGAGUGGCCUGCUAAAGUGAUUGAAAAUGUACCUUGGAUGGACGUUAACGAGUACCAAGUGAUGUCACAGGUGGAAUUCAAACCAAAGUCCAAGUAUGAGAUGUCCAACAUGAAAUACUACUUCAGAGCAGAAUCUGAACUAACAGAGUGAGAUCCUCAGCUGAUGAUUUAGUAGUAGAGACAAGGGGGCUCCGCCCCCUGCUCGCCUUGCUCGCCUACCCCCGGCGUUUUGAACCCGUGCCCGCUGGGAAGCCACAUGUGAGGAUGACGCACGUUCACCCGUGUCAGUCUGGGGCCCCCCACUGUCAAUACGAGCUGUGCUGUACUGCGUUUGUAUAUUCCUGUAACCUGAAAGGCGCUAUAUACAAUAAAUAAUUAGCUUCUUGUGCUCUGAA